CUCAGACUUCGUUUGAUUGCUUUUCACUCUUGUAGCUGAUUUUUGGAGUUUAUAUACCUCUCAGAUUGGAAAUUUUGUAAAUACCAUACAAGUCAGUUCUAGAACUAGAACCGCAUGUUUUAGGGCCCAUCUCUUCAUUAUUUUAAUUGGAAUUAUAAUAUGUUGUUGUGAUAAGGUGUACAUAUACCAAUCCUUUUCCUUCUUCAAACUAACAAAAGAAACUCAAACCACACUUCUCCUUGUUAUCACCACUGUCGAAGCAAAUUAAAGAAAGAAGGAAAGAGAGAAAAAGAAAAGGGGUCUUAAAUGAAAUGGCAGGGCAAGAGGAAGUGAAAGUAUUGGGAGGUUGGUUCAGUCCAUUUGUUUUCAGGGUAGAAGUGGCACUGAAGCUAAAGGGAAUUCCAUAUGAAGCUGUAGUAGAGAGUUUAACCAACAAGAGCCCUGAGCUUCUCAAGUAUAAUCCUGUCUAUAAGAAAAUCCCUGUUCUUGUUCAUAAUGGAAAACCCAUUUCUGAAUCUCUUAUCAUCGUUGAAUACAUUGAUGAAACUUGGAAACACAACCCUAUUUUACCUGAGGAUCCUUAUGAGAGGGCCAUGGCACGCUUCUGGGCUUACUUUGUAGACAACAAGCUUACGGAAGCAUUAAGGGGAGUUCUCCGCAGUACUGAAGAAGAGGAAAAGCAGAGGGGAGUUGAGAAGGCAAAAGAAGCUCUACAAGUGAUUGAAGGAGAGCUCAAGGCAAGGGGCAAUAAAUUUUUUAUGGGGGACACAGUUGGGUUCGUUGAUGUAGCCAUGGGGUAUAUCCCCAGAUGGGUAGCAGCUGUUAAGGGAAGUGUUGAUGUCGAAAUUUAUGAUCCUGAAGAAUUUCCUCUACUUGAAAAAUGGAUACAGAAUUUUACAGAGGUACCUGUCAUCAGAGAAGCUUUGCCUGAACAUGACAAGUUGGUGGAGUUCUUUAAGCAAUUUCGCAGCGACAUAUUAGCUUCAGCAGCCGGAAAAUAAUAAAAGUCACUACUGUUUUGUGUAUUGUUGAGUUCUAUUACUUUCAAGAUAAAUAAUGCAUGUCAUUCGGCAUGCAAAUUCUUGUACUUUUGCUUUUUUGUUUUAUUUUAAUUUGUUGAGAAUGUUUUAUAUCUGCUUGAUUUAGCCUAUCUUAAA